AAAAAAAAAAAAAAAAAAACCAAAAAAAAAAAAAAAAAAAUUCCCCCCCCUCCCCUUCCUUCCCCUAAUAGAUCCCAUUUUUUCCCCAUGGAUGACCCUUCCACUAACUUCUUCUUCACAAAUCUCUUCAAAUUCAACUCUCCCACCACUACCAAUUUCCUUCACUACCCUUCUUCUUCUUCAAACCCUCCUCCUCCUCCUCCUCCUCCUCCUUCUCCUCCCCCUCCCAAUUUCUUCCCCACUUUCCACCACCACGCGCCACCGCCAUCCUCUCCGCCGCUCCGCCAAGCUCUCCCUCUCCUUAGCCUUAGCCCCACAAGAUCAUCAUCACAAGAAAAAAACAACAAAGAGGAAGAAAAGGAAGAAACUUUAAUGAGAGUUGCACUUCAUAUAGGGUUACCAAGCCCUAGGGUUGAAGAAGAAGAAGAAAUAGAAGAAGAAGAAGAUGAAGAAAUAGAAGAAGAAGAAGAAGAAUUAGAAGAUCAAGAAGAAGAAGAAGUAGCAAUUUCAGGAUUGUGUUUGAGUAAUAGUAGACUUAACAAAGGACAAUAUUGGAUCCCAACUCCUUCACAAAUCCUCAUUGGACCUACUCAAUUCUCUUGUCCUGUUUGUUACAAAACCUUCAAUAGAUAUAACAACAUGCAGAUGCACAUGUGGGGGCAUGGGUCACAAUACAGGAGAGGACCAGAAUCGUUAAGAGGAACACAGCCAACAGGGAUGUUGAGGCUGCCAUGCUAUUGCUGUUCACCAGGUUGCCGCAACAACAUUGACCAUCCAAGAGCAAAGCCAUUAAAAGAUUUCAGAACUCUUCAAACUCACUACAAACGCAAGCAUGGAAUCAAGCCUUUUAUGUGUAGGAAAUGUGGGAAAGCCUUUGCUGUUAGAGGAGAUUGGAGAACUCAUGAGAAGAAUUGUGGAAAGCUUUGGUAUUGCAUUUGUGGCUCUGAUUUUAAGCACAAAAGAUCUCUCAAAGACCACAUCAAAGCCUUUGGAAAUGGCCAUGCUGCUUAUAAUCAUACUAAUAAUAAUAAUGCUAAUAACAACAAUAAUCCCGAUCAUCGUCGUCAUCAUCAUCGGCAUCAUCGUCUCCAUGGGUUCGAUGAAGAGGAUGAUCAUGCUUAUUCUGAAGUUGAGCAAGAUCAUGAUUGAUUUUGUUCUAUUUCUUCUCUAAUGGGAAUUAUUGGGUCAUUAGUAUGUUCUUAUAUAUAUAUAUAUGGGGGUUCUAGGGAACAAUAUUCUUAUGAUCUAUAUAUAUAUAUCUUAUAUGUUACAAAAUCCAGUUUUUUCUUUUCUUUUCUUUUUAAGCUAUUUUAGCCAAAGCUUUUUUGUAUAUUGAAUUUGCCAUUUUUAAUCAACUCUCUUGGU